UUAGUGCUUGUUAUACAUAUAUCGAUUUAAAAUUAUAUUUAUAAUACAGACAUAAACAAUACGUCACGUCGGUAUAUUUGCAAUUCUCAUAUUUAAACAUUAAUAAAAAAUAUACUUGCUUACAUAUAUUUCAUUUACAUAAAGAAAACAAACCUUAAUUUUCCUAUAAUGUCGGUUCGACCCGCGUCUCCUAAAGUCCUACUCGACAUUAGCUACAAGCCAUUGCCCAAUAUAAUGGAUUUACAACACAAUGUCAUUAAACUGAUUCAAGUUGACCAACAGUCGUAUAUGCAUUCCAUCCAUAAUAUGGAUCCACAGAAUGCAUAUGGUCAGACCCAUCCACAUCAAUACCAUCACCAGAAUCAACAAAUAUCGCACAUGAACAUGAAUGGACGUCAAAAUAUAGCCAAUCCUAAUGAAUACCUCUGCUACGGAGUCAACGAACAAGAUGAGACAGAUUACAACAUUCCUAGCAGUGAAAUCUUAAGCACAAGUAGUAACAGUGCCAGUUCUACACCAAAUAGCCACAAUAUGGGAUCUCCAGCUUCAAUUCCCGCUAAUGGCGUUUCAAAGGAACUGAAUAACAACACUUUCAAUGAUUUGGAAUCUCAACAGUAUCAAAUAAAUGAGAACGGCAAGAGAAGCCGUGAUUUCGACUGCGGAUCUAACGAUGUAUUACAGGAUAAUAAGAAAAUACACAUACCGUCGCUACACACCAGUCAGAACAAUGUGCAACAUUUUGUCCAGCAUCAAGAUCAAAAAUUUUUUGUGGAAUAUUUGCCAACUACUGUAAAUGAAGUGAACUCAUCUAAUAAUGUCCAGCCAAAUACAAACCAACAAAAUUGUAUAUCUUCGCCACAAUUCGAAUUUGCGGAUGAAGAGAUGUGUGAUAACAGCGAGGAGGAUAAUUUUAAAUACACCUUCCACCAACAGCAACAUCAACAAAAUACCACCACACCAUCCCUAGUUCUGCACCAUAACAAUGGAGCUCUACAUUCCAGUAAUUUAGCAGGUGGCUUUGAUCAUAUGGAGAAUGCUGGCUCUUUGAAUGGCAGCACUUAUUCCAGUUCAGAUCGUGAUGAAAUGGAAUAUACUCGCCAAUCUGCCCCUUCCAGCAACAGUUAUUUGUUUCCUCAUGAAGAUGAACUUAGUGCUGGCGGUGGUGAGAGCAACGAACAUUCCAAAGAGUUCCGCAAACCCCGUCGGCGAACAAAACGCAAAUCUAGCAAGUCCGAAGAAGUAGAAGAUUUUCACAGCCAGCGCAUUAUGGCGAAUGUGCGAGAGCGCCAAAGAACCCAAAGUUUAAACGAUGCCUUUAAAUCAUUACAACAAAUAAUUCCCACCCUACCAAGUGAUAAGCUGAGCAAAAUCCAAACACUAAAAUUAGCCACUAGAUACAUUGACUUCCUGUGUCGCGUGCUAUCAACAAGCGAAAUUGGUUUACUAAAGGCUCUCGAUACAAACGGAGCACAAGGUAAUGGCUAUGCUAUGGGUGCCGCUUCCAUUCUCAAUGAUGCCGAAGCCGACUUAAAAAGUCUAAGAAGAGCUGCUGGAGCUCCCGUCAUUCCACCAGAGAAACUAAGUUAUCUCUUUGGUGUUUGGCGAAUGGAAGGUGAUGCUCAGAACAGCAAAUCCUAAAAGUUCAAACGUAAAUUACGUUUUCAGUCAGCCGUCUCAAAAAAAA